CACCGAUGCUCCGUGGUAAUUACUUUAAUAAUGGACUGUGAUUUAUGUCCAGGGAAAACCACAACAAGGGUCCAAAGUCUUUUCAGAGCCAGAGACACUUUUCUUACGGGCCGACAAACCGCUGUCUCUCUGAUGUGUUCAGUGUCUCUGAUGUUAUAAAGAAAAGAAUCAAAGGACAAUGCAUAAAAUGUGCUGUGAUGAUAAUGUAAAUCCAGGAUGUGUAAUAUGUGAUAUAUGUGGGUGGAACAGAUUGUUAGAUAAAUGACAGAGUGUGAGGUCAAACAGUAUCUUUCAUAUAGACACUCCUCCAGGGAGACAUCCAAACAGGCUCUAAUCACCUUCUCCUUACACAACAGCCUCUGAAUACACUGGGCCUCAACCUCCACCACUUCAUUCACUAAAGGACACGCCAUGUUUCUACUUCCUGCUACACGCUCAGCCUCAGGCUGACAUGAAGCAAACCUGUGACUCAGCAGGUUAGCUUCACAGAGUGUGUUGCCAUAGUAACUGACUCAGGGUUUCAUCUCAGGCUGAACAAACUCAGAGUUUCACUGAUCUUUCUGAAAUAGGACCCGGAUGUUUGGAUCUGCAGGGAGGGUGCCUUUAUUUUGAAAUUAAUGACCGGAAACUUUACAUUAGCAGAGGAAGAAACGGGGUGUAACUUCCUGGAAACAAAGAGGUUUAUCAAUAGUCUCUGAUAUCAGUCCGUGUUUGUUAUCGAUUAUCAGUUGCUCAGUAACGCUCUCUGAGCCUCCCGGUGUCUGUCAGCGCGGUGAUCCACGGGAACAAACCGGAGAUCAAACCGCUAACAUCCGCUGCCGCUGUUAGCUUUAGCUGCUGUUAGCCUAGCCGAGCUCAUCCGAACGGUGUUAACUCGGUUGGUCCCGGAUCGGACCGGAGCGGGUGAGCAGCGGUUCUACCAUGGGAGCCCACCGCAGUGAGGGAGGCCGGGACUGGCUGGAACAGGACGGACCGGAGCAGCCGGAACAGAGCCCGAAGCCCUGGAACCUGAUGAUCAAACACAGACAGAUUCACAGACGAGGACGACGCUCACACAUGACUGUCAGUUACACUGAUCCUCAGGUGUCCAUGGACCUGUUGAGGGCGGUGCUUCAGCCCAGCUUCAACGAUGACAUCAUGGCUGUGUUCAGGAAGUACCAUAAGUUCUUUGAAAAGGCAGCAGAGAACGUGAAGGAAAAUGUUGGAGACGACGUUCAGACUGACCAGCUGAUCAGAGAGGCCUGCAGGAACGUUCUAGAACAUGCCAAGCAGCUGUUUCCAGAGGGGGAGGUGAAGAGGGCGGGGUCAGAAGUCGCCAUCAAGAGGUCCAGAACUGCUGAUGAAGACUACAUUCAGAGAGGAAGCCCCCUCCCAAAGAAGAGACGAACUCGUCCAGGUUUGGCAGUGGUUUCCUCUGAUCGACCUCACACCUUCUCCACUCAAGUGAAGCUCAAGUCUGAUCCCAUCAAGAGAGAAGGACCAAAGUGGGAUCCAUCCAGACUGAACGAAGGUAGCACGUUUGUUCUCGGCUCCAGAGCCAACAAGGCGCUGGGGAUGGGCGGGACCAGAGGACGCAUCUAUAUCAAACAUGCUGAUCUGUUCAAGUAUGCCGCAGAUGCGAAGGAUAAGCAGUGGCUGGCAGAGAGACACCACAUGAGAGCCACCGGAGGGAAGAUGGCCUACCUGCUGAUUGAGGAGGACAUCCAGGAUCUGUCUCGUAGUGACGAGUACAAGGACUGCCCGGAUGUCAGGAUGGACGAGUUGAAGCCGUUCUCAGUUCCUCUGUGGAUGGUGGAGAAGAUGCAGAGAGCCAUGGAGGCUCAGAGAGAUGCUGACCUCUGACCCCACCCCCGGCCACACCAAUAGAUCAUUGUGAAACCUGAGCAGACGCUGUAGAAACAAUGAACCAAUGAGGGGAAGAGAGAUUUAUCAUGUGAUUGUUAUGGUUACUGCUGUUUUUUUUU